GAAGUGAGCUCAGUGUUAAUUUAACAGCGAAGUUGGCCAGCAGUGAGUGCGAGUUCCCCAGAGCCAAAUACAAAGCAACCAGUUACCACGUCAAAGUCAAAGACAUCUCGAGUGAAGCCGGGAGACUGCAGAGACACAAAAUCCAAAUAAACUCGCUAGAGGAAAAUUUUAUCGAAAUCGCAUAAAUUGACUGAGCCGCAAAAUGUGUGGAAUUUUCGCAUACCUCAACUAUCUGACACCCAAGUCGCGUGAGGAAGUGUUAGAUCUGCUGGUGACAGGUCUGAAGCGGCUGGAGUACCGUGGCUAUGACUCGACUGGCGUGGCCAUUGAUAGCCCUGACAACAAGAGUAUUGUGAUGGUUAAGCGCACCGGAAAGGUCAAGGUCCUAGAGGAUGCCAUUCACGAGAAUUUUAGUGGGGGCGAGUACAGUGAACCCGUGGCGACUCACGUGGGCAUCGCACACACUCGAUGGGCCACCCACGGUGUGCCCUGUGAGCGCAACUCGCAUCCACAACGCUCCGACGAGGCGAACAGCUUUGUGGUGGUGCACAACGGCAUCAUUACCAACUACAACGACGUGAAAACCUUCCUGGCCAAGAAGGGCUACGAGUUCGAGUCGGACACCGAUACGGAAGUCUUUGCCAAGCUGGUGCAUCACUUGUGGAAGAAACAUCCCAACUACUCGUUCCGCGAGCUCGUUGAGCAGGCCAUUCAGCAAGUGGAGGGCGCCUUUGCCAUCGCCGUCAAGUCGAAGCACUUUCCAGGCGAGUGCGUCGCAUCCCGCAGAAGUUCCCCCCUCCUGGUGGCCAUCAAGACAAAGACUCGCCUGGCCACAGAUCACAUUCCCAUUCUCUAUGGCAAGGACGACAAGAAGGCGAGCUCCGAUCAAGAUGCCGAAUCCGGCAAGCCCCAAGAAUUACGUCCACAUGGACAAACUCGUGAAUUGCCAGUGUUGCCCCGUUCGGACAGCACCUCGGAGUUCAUGCCGCUGGAGGAGAAGGAGGUCGAGUACUUCUUCGCUUCGGACGCCUCGGCUGUCAUCGAGCACACGAACCGUGUCAUCUACUUGGAGGAUGACGAUGUCGCGGCUGUCCGCGAUGGCACUUUAAGCAUCCAUCGCUUGAAGAAGAGCCUCGACGAUCCACACGCACGUGAGAUCACCACACUGAAGAUGGAGAUCCAGCAGAUCAUGAAGGGCAACUUCGACUACUUCAUGCAGAAGGAAAUCUUCGAACAGCCCGAGUCCGUGGUUAAUACAAUGCGAGGACGCGUUCGCUUCGAUAGCAACAGCAUUGUGCUGGGCGGCAUUAAGGAUUACAUUCCAGAGAUCAAGCGCUGCCGUCGUCUUAUGCUCAUUGGCUGCGGCACCUCAUACCACAGCGCAGUGGCCACACGACAGCUGCUCGAGGAACUUACAGAACUGCCCGUGAUGGUGGAACUCGCUUCCGACUUCCUCGAUCGCAACACGCCCAUUUUCCGUGACGAUGUCUGCUUCUUCAUCUCACAGUCCGGCGAGACAGCCGACACUCUGAUGGCCCUGCGCUACUGCAAACAGCGUGGAGCUCUCAUCGUGGGCAUCACCAACACUGUGGGCAGCAGCAUCUGUCGCGAGUCCCAUUGCGGUGUCCACAUCAACGCUGGCCCCGAGAUUGGCGUGGCCUCCACUAAAGCCUACACUUCACAGUUCAUCUCACUAGUAAUGUUCGCUUUGGUCAUGUCCGAGGAUCGUUUGUCGCUGCAGCAGCGUCGUCUUGAGAUUCUGCAGGCUCUGUCAAAGCUGGGUGAUCAGAUUCGCGAAGUGCUCAAGCUAGACUCGAAGGUACAGGAACUGGCCAAGGAUCUCUAUCAGCACAAGUCGCUGCUGAUCAUGGGUCGCGGCUACAACUUUGCCACCUGCCUGGAGGGAGCUCUGAAAGUCAAGGAGUUGACGUACAUGCACAGCGAGGGCAUCAUGGCCGGUGAACUGAAGCACGGUCCUUUGGCCCUGGUGGAUGACUCGAUGCCCGUGAUGAUGAUCGUGCUGCGUGAUCCCGUCUAUGUGAAGUGCAUGAAUGCCCUGCAGCAGGUGACCUCGCGCAAAGGCUGCCCCAUCAUCAUCUGCGAGGAGGGCGAUGAGGAGACAAAGGCCUUCUCCUCGCGCAACCUCGAGAUUCCCCGCACCGUCGACUGCCUGCAAGGUAUCCUCACCGUCAUCCCCAUGCAGCUCCUCUCCUAUCACAUCGCCGUGCUGCGUGGCUGCGACGUCGACUGUCCGCGUAACUUGGCUAAGUCCGUGACCGUGGAGUAACCACAUCCAAGGGGGAUCUCUUUCCAUGAUAAUCUCUAUAUGCACACAUACGUACACGCUCACUCACACACACACACAACUCGCAUAUUUGCAUGUAUACACUUUGAUUUUAUAAUUACUCUUUCAUCAAGAUCCAAUCUACUUAAUACAAUUAAAUUGACAUUGUUUUGUUAAA